GAUUUUUUGAAACACUUUUUCAUUUCUUGUUUGAGUCUUGAAUACAGAUUUUGAUUACAAUUUGAAUUACUUAUCGAUUAAAGCAUUGUUUGAAAGCAAUUAUCACUUCAUCUGAAUCGGCGUUGCAUUCAAUUUGUGGUUCAAUUGUCAUCAACUGAUAUCUACUCCAGAAGAUGCCGAACAACGACUUGGAUCUGGGAUUCCUCUACAGAACAAUGACGACAGUCGGCCACAGAACUCCUCCGCGACAGACGUGUAGCGCCCCUUCAAUACUGGUCUGUAGUGUCUGUUUGGGUGAUAUCUCCAGAAGCGAUGAUGAGAUCGUUGAAUGCGAUUCGUGUGGGAUAUCAGUACACGAGGGAUGUUAUGGUAUUUGUUCGGAUGACGCCGAAUCAGUCCAUUCCAACACGUCUUCGGCAUCUACUGAGCCAUGGUUUUGUGAUCCGUGUCGCGCCUGUGUCUACAAUCCGUAUUGCGAAUUGUGUCCAAAUUCUGGCGGAAUAUUCAAAGCGACAGAUGUGGGCCGAUGGGUUCAUAUGGUGUGCGCGCUAUACAUACCGGGAGUGGCGUUCAGUGAUGUGACACGACUGACAGGACUGACACUCUUUGAAUUGCCUUAUUCUCGAUGGGGUCUUAAAGCAUGUAUUCUGUGCGAAGACGACAGACUGAGCCGAACCGGGAUCAGUGUCUGCUGUGACGCCGGAAUGUGUAAAUCGUAUUUUCAUGUCACUUGUGCUCAAAGGGAAGGACUUCUAUCAGAGUGUCAUUCAGCCGAAGAAGUGGACCCAUUCAUCGCUUACUGUAAACUACACGCCGACAGAUCUACUGUGAAAAGCAAACGCCGCAAUUGGUUGGCUCUUCAGUCCACCUUCAGAUCAACUCUAAAGCCAAUUACGAAUCAAAGAAUUAAAUUAAAACUUCUUAAGCAACGGAACAAAUGGAAUGAAAAUCGAUGCGAAGUCGAGGGAAAAGUUUGGGUUCCCACUCAGAAAAUACCGCGACUUUUGCAGACCUGUCCGUCAGUAAUGAAGAGACUAAUAAGAAAAGCAGAGUUAUUAGGACUCAGUCCUCAAACCCAUAUCAUAUCGCAUGAAGUGGGAGACGUACGGCGCAAAUGGCACGUCCCGGCGGCCUUCUCGGUCGAGUUCAUCAGCUAUUAUAUCGAUCGCAAUAAUAGGAUGUCUUCAAUGCAGAAGCGCUCUGAAGAACUCAUUGUUCAGAACAAUCAACUCAAGGAGACCGAGAAAACCACGCGUUUGGCAUACGAUAAGUGUCUGCAAGAGUUGGAACCAAUCAAAGAGGAAUCGGAUGGCCUUCGAACUCAUAUUAAGAAUUACUUCAAUAUUCUGAACCAAUUGUCUGAGCAAAACAUACCGUUACCAAAGCUAUUGGAAACAAUUGAAGCCAAUAGACGAGAGAAGUUAGCUCUGAAUGAGUCGAAAACGCGACGGAGUUCUGUGUUAGAGAUAGUCGAGUGUGGGAUCUGUCACCAAACCAAAGACCAGCACCAGUUAGCGUUGUGUGACUCGUGUCACCUCUAUUACCACCUCUACUGUCUGGACCCACCGCUGAGUCGAAUGCCUAAAAAGACUCGAUUCGGCGGAUGGCAGUGCUCUGAGUGUACGGAACAACAACAGGACACAGUCGACAGUGACAACGAGACCAGCAAUCAGUCGGCGAUGGAUGCGCCGCGAAGACUACGAGAGCACGUGAAGGGACCCAAUAAGUUCGAGCCCGACGCCGGCUACUCGCCCUCCCCUUCCAGUCUAUUAUUUACCCCCAAAUUAGGCAAAAGAAAGAUUCAUUCGACCAAAAAGAAGAAUAAGAAACUGAAAGCAAACAAAAGUGAUGACAACCAGACAUCAGAAACGAGACCCAAAUCCAGUCGAAGAGCUGUCCGAUCGCAACGAAAACAAGUGGAAAAUGAAGAGGAGCUCUGCUUUCAAUGCAAUCAAAUGGCAACCAUUAAAGAACGCGUUCAGUGUGAUAACUGUCACAACAAUUAUCAUUUGGGUUGUUUGGACCCACCCAUGAAAAAGACACCCAAGCAAAGGGGGUACACCUGUGAUCAAGUGAUGAAUCAUUUGAAGUCAUCGAUGGCGAGAAACGCGUCCAUCAACUCAAUCAUCGCUAACAACACCAAUAAGAAGACAUUCAAGUCUUACAUCGACUUAGAGGUGAAUCCGGACGCGAAUAAUGCGGACAAAGAGAGUCCGACGCCUCCGAUGACAAACACGGAUGAAAUGUGGACCACUUUGGAUGAGAACGGAGUGACCACUGAUUUGGGCAAAACUCGGCGCAACUCUUGGCUAUCAUUGGACACAAGAGAUCGAAAAGCUAUGCAUCGAAGCACUGCUUCCAUGGGAUCAGCGCUGAGUGACACCAUCGAUGGCGUCAACUACUUCUACUCACACACUAAACACAGAACUGGUAUUUGCGGUCAAUUGACACUCAAUUCCAAUGGAUUACUGUUCUUAAGCUAUACCUCACAACACACCGAAGACAAGAGCCACCAAACGAUCACUUCAUUGUCACAAUUCAUACCAUUUUAUAACGAGAAGUCUUCGAAGUUUGAAAUCGAUUUGUUAGCCAUCGACCAGAUGAAGGACACGAUUGACAACAACUUCAUUGAGUUGACAAUCUUUUGCCAGAACUUCCGGCGCAUCCGCUUUCAGAUGAAGAACUGCGACCAAACCAAACGAAUUGUCGACAAAUUGAGUCGAUUGGCAGUGAAUAGUAUUCUCAGGAAGUGUUCAAAACUGACGAAAUCACUGAAAGAUAAUUACAAUUAUGUGUUGAAAGCCGAUUGGAAUCAAUUCGAGAGCCAUUGGAAGGACUGCUAUAAACUUCGAGUGACACAAACCAAUGAGAACUACCAGUUGUGUGAUAGCCUUCCGCCCUCUUUCGUUGUUCCCAAAGUGAUCACCGAUCAGAUGCUCAUCGCUCUCAUCUCCACACAAACCAGGGGUCAAAGAGUUCCCGUCGUUUCAUACCUUUACCCACAAAACGGCAAUCUAUUGAUCAGAAGCUCUGCUUUCGAUAACUACGAAGACUUGAACUCAUUGUUGAAAGAUAUGGUCAGCCCUUUGAGACAAAUCAAUGUGGAAUCGCUGUUACCAACGAUUGCUGCUGUGGAGCAAAGUUAUGAAAAGUUGAAAGAAGUUUGUUUUCAAAGUCAUUUGAGUGAAGAGUCGAGUGUCUGUAUCAGCAAAAUGGGCAAAUGGAUGACAUGUGUGAACACUACCCUUAAAGCUGUCGCACAAAUCGUUCAGAUGAUCACAAAAGAGGCAUCCGUUGGGUUAGUGGAGGACUUGGACAGAGACUGGAAUUGUGUGAUCGCUUCCUUGGUUCAGAUCCUCGUUGAUCCCAAACGAAGAACAUUCAGUGGCUUCGAGUCUCUGAUAAGUAAGGAAUGGCUGUAUUUAUCGGGUUUGGCGUAUCGCAAGAAUAGCCCCCGAAAUGUCAAUCAUAUUCUGUUCACUCUAUUCCUGGACUGUGUUUCGCAACUAAUCCUACAAAAUCCAUACGACUUCGAGUUCUCCACGUUUUAUCUCAUAUACCUCUUUGAUUGUCAAUACAUCCAGUCGUCGACGCCAUUCAUUCCAAACUUCAGAACCGCUUCGAUGAAGAGCACAGAAACUGAUUUGAAAUGUGCGGCCAUUAGAGAGGGAUUAGCUGUCAAUGAUUUAAUGCUAAUGAAAAACCCGAUCUAUAAGAGACACAAAACGAUUAUUUUGAAACUCAAUGCACACAUCAGUAAAACCGAGUUCUGGUCGGCGCUAUACCUGCGCUGGCAAUCAAAGCCUAAUUUAGAGCAUUUGUCCGCUUUUGAAAUCAUUUAUUUAAAUGAAUUACAAUCAAGAAAUCAAUUAUGA